AUGGCUGGUACCUGUAGCGUAUCCAGGGUGUUGAGUCUAGCCAUCCACCAGAGGAAUCUGCGUCCUCUAGUCUUCCGAGUGCCUAAGCUGCUAGGUUUUCUUCCUCCCGGUUUGCCGAAGAAAUUCCUCAAAGAAGAACACAUCCAUGGACCUCUGACCGAGGUUGCAGUUGCCCAAUUGCCAGAGCUGCCACAGGAUGUCCUGAUGUCCAUAUUUGCACACCUGGAGAUCCCUGACCUGAUGCGUGCCUGCUCCGUCGGCUCCUCGUGGCGCUCCGCGUAUUCCAGCCUGUGUAAACUUGGGCAGUACCAGUGGCGCCAGACGCCGUGCCUCUUAUACACAUCUGAAUCUGCUGGUGAUAGCGUUGCAUGCCUCUACAGCCUCUUGGAGAAGAGGUCAUACAAGUUGACUCUCCCGGAGCCACCCAUUCGCAGCAGGCAUCUGAUCGGGUCCUCAAAUGGCUGGCUGAUUACUGCUGAUGAGAGGUCCGAGAUGCAUAUUCUCAAUCCCAUCACAUGUGAACAGAUCGCUCUCCCGUCGGUGAUCACCAUUGCGCAAGUGACUCCCGUUUUGGAUGAAACAGGUGCCUUAUGUAAGUACAUUUACUCUCGGAACACGGCGGAGCACCGUAGUACCACCGAUCCUCAAGCCGUUGAUCUUGGCGAGCUACGACAAUACCCCCAGAAAAAGGCAUUUGUAUUUUAUGAUGCAUCCGCAGGAGGCUACAUCGUGGUGCUUAUUCAUGAUCCAGAUGGGCAACUCUCAUUUGCUUGGUUAGGGGAUGACAAAUGGACGUGGCUGAAACCACGUAGUUUUUUUCAAGACUGCGUGUACAAAGAUGGCAUGUUAUAUGCAGUGGCAUCGCUAGGAGAAAUUCACGCCUUCGAUCUCAGAGGCCCUGUGGUCGCAACGGAGUUAAUUGCAGGCUGGGCAGAUAUCUUCAGUUGUCCAACAUUUUACAUUGUUCAGGCUCCAUGUGGGGAUCUGAUGCAAGUUUUUAGAUCCCAACAUGUGGUUGACUGUGAUCCAUGUGCUGACACUGCAACGCAUGUCCACUAUACCUCUAAGAUCAAAAUAUUUGAAGUUGAGACUAUGCCUGAAAAGGUUGUGGGAAUAAAUAGCUUGAAGGAUCAUGUGUUGUUGGUUGGGCACGUGCUGGCGAUUUGGAUGGGGGCGACGGAGGCGCAGGAGCUCGCCUAUCUCGAGCAAUGGGGCCAGCGAAGGCUGGCCGAGGAGCAUCGCGAGAGCGAGUACCUUGAGCAGUUGGAGCGCGACGCCGAGGAGGAGGCGCACCGUGGCCAGCCGGCUAUGACAUAG